GAUCAUCUCCCUUGUCGUUUCACGGGGAGGCGGAUCGGGACGAGGAGAGCAGGGAGGAAAAGGGGGAGGAAGAGGUGUUGGAGGGGGAAGAUGAAGAGGAGGAGGAGGAGAAGGACGAGGAGGACGAGGAGGAGGUGAAUGUCGAGCAGGAGGACGAGGUUUUGUAUGCUGCACGGAACAUUCUCGAUCGCCCAGAGCUGCUUGACGUCACCUUCGUUUGUGAGGAUGGCCUAGAGGUGAGGGCGAAUCGAGCUUUAUUGGCGAGUGGCAAUGUGUACUUCUCCAAAUUGCUGUAUGGGGACAUGAAGGAGAGAUCGAUGGACAGGAUUCAUCUUCCUACUGUGAGGGCAGACAGUCUGCAGAUUGUGGUCAGGUACCUGCACGGUCAUCGCCUCAGGUGGAAGUCUCAAACUUCCUGGGACGAGAUCGUUGAAGUCUACUGCUUGGCUACACAGUAUCAGGUGGAUAGCUUAUGCCGUAGGAUCGCAAGCCGGGUGCCCAGAUCUGGUCAUGCAUGUGAAUUCGGCAAGCUGCUAAGCGCAGCGAUUCCUGUGCGAGCAGAGGAAAUCCUGAAGGCGGCAGUGAGAGCAAUGAAUGAGGCGUUGGCCUUCGACUCGGCGUCAUUCAAGGGGUGGAGUAAGGAAAGCAUCAAGUACGUCCUCGAGAACGUGCAGCUCCAUCCCGAUGUAACUGAGACAAUGAUUGCGGAGGCUGUUCUCUCUGCUGCGCCCAACCAAAUCAAUAUCAUUACUUUUCGGCAAGAGAAUUGCCCGGCGCCAUCUGUGGAGGAGGGCGAUUCCGCUGCUGAACACUCUAAAAAAAAACCUAUUGCGUCUCUGUCGCCUGAAUGUUCAGAAUGUGAGAAGGACUCUGAUGCGGAUAUAGUAGUAGACGGUUCUCUGUCAAGGAAGGACUUGCAGGAGAUAUUUGAGGGGUACAUCAACCUAGCAUUUGUUGAGCCAUUAUUUGUGAAGAAGAGAAUUGAGCCCCUGCAAAUUGUGCGUCCAGAGGUUCUGUCGGCAGUCUACAAGGUGCAGUCGAUCUGCCUUUCUACUUGCUUGUCACCCAAAUCUCUGUUCAAAAUACCGUGGCGCUCCCUGGUUCCCAGAGUCUCAUUUGCGCCUGUGAAAGCGGACGAAGAUGGAAUUUGCAGUGCUUACGAUGACAUUUUGGUCCCGUCUUUGUGGGCCUGCGAUCCGAGUUUGACUUACGUGAUCUCUGAGGAUCUUCCGCAGCGAGUGGAGCGCAUAGAUGCAGAUUAUAUGGAAAUUGCAAUGAUGCGGUUACCUCUUCGGAGUGGUUUGCACAUAUGGAGAAUCCGCUUCGAGACUUCCGGCAGCAAGUCUGCCGCUGCUGGUAUCGUUUCGUCAAUUGCAACAGACAGUUCUGGCAGGCCAACAGAGCACAAUGGAUGGUGGCUGAAUGCUGACCUCACGUCCGCGGCACCCAAACAAUGGGCAAUGUCGUCGACAUUUUAUAAACUCUCUGGGAUUAGGACGUUUAAUGAAUCUGGGGAUUCUGUGGUGGUGAUCUUGGACAUGACUAGGCGGGUGUUGACUUUUGCGAACAAACUCGAGCGCUUUCUCAACCACCGCGAAAAUUAUCCCGCUGCCUUUAGCAAUCUUCCCAAUGAUUUGCCACUGCACCCAGCUGUGUGGCUCCCCUUCCCUGGUUGUGCUGAUAUAGAAUGGAUUCAAAGCUCCCCCGGUCCGCAACAAGUCCGUCCAAGAUGAGCCGAAGUUCUCCUUGUGUCCGCUCUCCUCCUAGUGGCAUCAAAGGAUGCACUCACACUUUGUGACCAAGCUCAAACCCACUUCAUAG